AUAUUUAUACUGAGGGGGAACGACAUCACUUAUCCACAACACAUCCAUUCACAUAAGGGAGGGCUACUUCCAGAGUGGAGCAAGAGUGAUCCCACUCCGUUGGUCCGAGUAACAUCACUUUUCCCUGCUGACAUUUGCACUCACAAGUUUUCACAGGAAGGUUUUUGUGCAAAGCAAAGAACACCAUGAGCAUUUUGAUUUUUGUUUUUGGGUUGAUACUGACUUUGUAUCAGACUGGGAGGAAUCCAGCCAGUGCCGGGAUGUGCUGGCUGCAGCAGGGCCAAAGGUGCGACAUGGUGCUGAUGAGAGGAGUGACCAGAGAAGAGUGUUGUGCUGGGGACCGUCUGGACACAGCGUGGUCCAACACCAGUCUGCCCAUGAAUGAGGUCAGCCUGCUGGGCUUCCUGGGAAUUGUGUCCUGUAAACCAUGCAAAGAGACUUGUGAGGGAGUCAAAUGCAGUCCCGGGAAGGUUUGCCGGAUGAUGACGGGAAGGCCGCAGUGUGUGUGCUCACCAGACUGCUCUCACAUUUCCCGGAAGCAUGCUGUGUGCGGCAGCGAUGGAAAGACAUACAAGGAUGAGUGUGCUCUGCUGCUGGCUCGCUGCAUGGGACACCCAGACCUGGAGGUCAUGUACCAGGGAGAGUGCAAAAAAUCCUGCUCCAACGUGGUUUGUCCGGGAACUCACACCUGCGUGACUGACCAGACCAACAGUGCCCACUGUGUCAUGUGCCGCACGACACCCUGUCCAAUACCAAUGCCGUCUGAGCAGCCAAUCUGUGGCAAUGACAACAUCACCUACCCCAGUGCCUGCCACCUGCGCCGGGCCACCUGCUUCCUUGGCCGCUCCAUAGGACUCCGCCACUACGGCCACUGCAACACUCCUCCACGGAAAGCUCACAGUUUUGAUGGCAGUGAGGAGAAUGCAGUCUAGAUGUGCGACUCGGAUGAGGG